AUGGUAAAACUCACUGAUGAUGCCGACUAUGAGGCCGGCGAAACGUUUGAGAAUAUACAAAGUCCACUGUCUGAGGCUGGGAAUCAUGAAAACUACUAUGACAGACGACUUCGGACUAGAUUAAGAUCAUCAACUGAACCAGUCGAACGAGAUUACGCAGCCCAUGUCAGGUCUUUCCUUGACUGGUUAACCCUUGGAGACCCUAGACUGAGAGGCACCAGUGGACUGCAGCCUCGACCUCGCAUCAGUCUUAUCAACACCCCCCGGCGGGAGUCGAACCGUGACAGUGCAGAACGGGAGCUUGACAUGUUAACCACUCGGCCACAUUGCCACGAAUGCCCUUCGGUCACAGGGCAUAAGUGA